UGUGUUAGUCGUGGUAAUCCCUGCCACCGUCGGGUGGAUUGUCCCCUUCCCCGCAUGUCUAUGUUCUGCUGUACUGCACUGUUUACUCCUUCAUGACUUCUACUUCCCGUCAACCUAUAAUCCCACCAGCAAAAUGGCGUAUUCAUUGCGGUUGUAAUGAACGUUCGCCGCGAUCUUUCAACGAUAUAACCGUUUGUAACAUAAUAUUAUGCGUCGCGUUCCGUAAUCACUCACGGUGACAGUCGCAAACCACUCAAAAAAAAAAAAAAAAACAAAACUAAGAAUUUAGGAUAGCUCUCAAAUAUUUCAACAUUCGUUUACUUAUAAAAUUUACAUUAUACCAAUGAAAAUGAGGAAUACUGGCAAUCUUCUUAAAUGGACUCAAAACUCCAGCAACAAAUCUGCAAAAAGCGGGGGUAAAUUUCAGUAUAAUUUUCAAAUUUUAGUGUGUCUAUUUAUUAAUAUUUUUGUUAUAGAAAAUCGAAAUUGGAUUCAUCCACCUGAAGCUUUACAAAAAGGACAUAUUGCUUAUAUUGUUAAGUUUUUGGGAAAUGUUGAUGUUGACCAACCAAAAGGUUUUAAUGUGAUUAAAGAAUCUAUUAGAAAAUUAAAGUUUAAUCAACAAGUUCGCAAAGCUGAAGGCUCAAAAGUGCCAAAAGUUGAGCUUACAAUUAGUGUUGAAGGUGUUGCUCUUCAAGAUCCAAAAACUAAAGUUAUAAUGCAUCAGUAUCCAUUGCACAGGAUUUCUUACUGUGCUGAUGAUAAAGUUGACAAACAGUUUUUCAGUUUUAUUGUUAAAGACUCAAAUGAGUCAGAAAGACAUACAUGCUUUGUGUUUAUGAGUGACAAAUUGGCUGAAGAAAUCACUCUUAGUAUUGGACAAGCUUUUGAUUUAGCUUACAAGUGGCCAAGCAAACCGACGAACAAGCCGACUUUCAGAGCUCGACAGUUGGAUGUUUCCAAACCUCUACCAAUCUAUAUGUCUGAUGAUUUGCCUGACCUACAUGAGUGUGCUGAAUUAAAACGAGCUGUUCCCCAAAUGCCUAGUGGCAUGGAGAAAGAAGAAGAGUCUGAACAUCAUUUACAAAGAGCUAUGGUUGCUGGUAGUGUCAUACCUACACCUGAAGUUAGUGAAUUAGUAGCUGACGACUUAAAAUGGCAUGACAGAACCUAUCCACCUAAUUGUCAUCCUCCUAAACAAUUGAUACAUAUUACACCAUUUACUAUGGAACAAGAUGUGCCUGAAUAUGAUUAUGAUUCAGAAGAUUUAGAAUGGUUAGAAACAAUUGGUAAAACUAACAGCAUUUCAGCUGAUAAAUUGGAAGAACUUGUGGAUAAGUGGGAAAAACAUAGCACAUUUAAUAUUAUAGAUUUAGCUGAUGCUAAAGCAUUGACUAGAGAUGAUGAAGAUACUAUUUUACUUAUAUAUGAUUAUUGGCUAAGGAAAAGAGUGCGUAUAGGCCACUCAUUAUCACCUGCUGUUCGUACUGAACCAAUAGCAGGAGCACCGCCUAAUGAUUCAUAUGUAGCUUUUAGAAAACGACGAGAUAAAAUACAAACUAGAAAAAAUCGUAAAAACGAUGAAGCAUCUUAUGAAAAAAUGUUAAAAUUAAGAAGGAAUUUGGCAAGAGCAGUAGAACUCAUUGCUAUGAUACAGCAACGGGAAAUUUUAAAAAAACAACUAGUACAAAUGACAUUAGAUACUUUUAAGAAACGAUAUGAUUUACAUGAUUUUGAUGGUCAUUUGUUCAGAGAUAUAGAAACAGUUAAAGCAGUUAGACAUGCCUUCACUCCUAUUUCUACUAAUCAUUAUAUGACAUCAAUGUGGAAGCAAGGCGAUAAAAAAAACUCUGCUGGAACUAAGUAUCAGGAUUCAAAACGAGAAAAAAGACAUUAUAGAAAAAGAAAACAUAAGACCUAUGAUGUUGGUCAUUUAAGCUCAGAUGAAGAAUUAUAUUCUCCUCCUCAUAAAGUUCAAAAUAUUGAUGAUGGAGGAAGUAAAUGGUCAUUUCGUAGAAAUAAGCACUGUUCUUAUCUUGCUCCGAUAAAUAAUCCUGAACCAUUUGAUUCAACAUUUGGUUUUCAACCAGUUUAUAUAGAAAAAAAUGGAAGUCAAAAAUCUUUAGGGUUUUGUAGACCUAGAUAUGGUAGAGGUGGUAGAAUUGUUUUAGACCGUUACGCUAAUAAUGAUGAUCGAUGGGCAUCUUUAGAUUAUAAUAUUAUAGAACAAAAACAGUAUGAAAUUGUCGAAUAUAACCAUCAUUCUGAUAAUGAAUCAUCAGAUUAUUUUAGUGAUCCUGGUAUUGAUGGGCCAUUGAUUGAAAUUCAAAGCGAUCUACAGUCUGAAAAAACAAGAGUGGAAUUUGAUUGGGAAUGUUUCAGACCUGAAUUAUUACAAAGUGUUGCAGAAUAUUGUAAGCUAGACAUAGGUGAUGCUAAUAAAGAUAAGGGUGAACAGGGUGAAUCUAUCUUGGAAAGAUGGGUAAAUCAAAAUCAACCACAAAACAAUGAACCAUCAAUAGCUUUAGGACCUGAUUCCGAAUUAAUUGGAUGUUCACAAUUUAGAAUAACUGAUAUUACUGAACCAAGAAGUUUAAGAACCAAUAGCUGUUUUAAAAGACUACUAAAAUGUGAUACAGAUUCUCAUUAAAUUUUUUUAAAUUAUGUUAAUUUUCUGUGUAUAUAGUUUUAAAUGCUCAUAAUAUUAGUAAUAUUUAUUUUUUAUAAAUACAUGUUGACAAAUUAUUAUAAAUGUAUUUUAAUUAUACAAAUUGAUUCUGUAUUAUUA